AUGACCCGAUCUAUGCCUCGCUUCGAGGAUUACCUGCGGUAUUUCCCAACAAACGACCGACUUCAUCUCCACCUGGUGAAUAUUUACGAAACAUUCAUCUUAUUCUGCGCCAAGGCGUUCAAAUUUUUGAAUUCUCGACGGAUCACUGUAGUGGUGUGGGCAACAUGGAGGUCGUUGCACAAAACAUUCGAAGAUGCAGUUCAGCGUGUUUCCAGCGACAAGGAGGACCUCGAGCACGAAGCUAGAGCUGCAAAUAUCGAGGUCGGAUUUGUCCGUGAACAAGCAGCAGAGAAACGGCACCAGGCUGUGAUGGCGAUCAUCCCUACUGCCCUUAAAACUGCCAAAUUAAUCAAACCUACAUUCAUCGUUCCUGAGGCCCGCAACGACUCGUUCAUCGGAAGAGAAGUCGAGUUGGCAAGUAUUCAUCAACAUCUUAUCGAGUCAAGAAAGGCCGGGGAAAUAAACCUCAGAACUGUGACCAUCCGUGGCUUUGGAGGCAUGGGCAAAACGCAACUGGCGCUCGAAUAUGCUUUCAAAAACAGGAAGGUGUAUAAAGGUGUUUUUUGGCUUAGGGCAGAGAAUACGACUAUCAUGCAACAUGAUUUUGCACAAAUAGGGAGGCUUUUGGACGAAAACACGACUGGAAUGGACCUGAACAAAACAGUACAAGCCGCUAAAGACUGGCUGUUAGCUACCAGUCAGUGUAAGAUCGAACUAGAAGGCUUUCAGCCAGCGGAAGCAACGAAGCUUUUGACGCAAAUUUAUCCGCAAGUACCGGAAACUGACAAAACCCGCGAGGUGCUUAGCGAACUCGGCGGUAUGCCUCUCGGAAUUUGCCAAAUGGGCAUCUUUAUGCGACAAACCAAAUGCACGAUGGACCAAUUUUCCACCAUUCUUCAAACUAACUCUGAGCGAUUUUACUCUGAUACAGCGAGCAUGGCAGGAUCACAGUACGUGAACACACUUGCAACGUGCUGCGACCUGUCUAUCGGGCUCUUAUCAGAGAAAGAGACCUACCUGAUGGGGGUCAUGGCGUUCUUUCAGACAGAUAAAGUGCAGGAAUCGCUCAUUACCGGAGGCUGCCAGGACAACCCCCGACUGAAACACCUUGCGGACAUUUUCGAUUGGAACGAUGAGAUACGAAUACUUGCGAAACACGAUCUCGUUACUCCUAUUCAUGUAGACUCCGGUCGAAAUUUGCGCAUGCACCGCAUUGUAAAACGCCGUGCUAUCCAUGUGCUAGAGCCUCCCAAGAGGCUAGAAGCGUUUCAGGACGCUGUCGACCUAUUAAACCGCACCUUUCCUGCGAGGCCGCCGAAUGGAGGAACAAUGUGUAAGGAUUGGGCGGACUGUGAAUUAUGGAUUCCACAUGUGCUAAGCCUCAAAACAACCUUUGGUUGGUCAGGACUUUGCGAGCAAGAUGUCCCUAGAGCAUAUAUCGAGAUGCUAUGCAACUGUGCUUGGUACAUGUGGGAGCGCGGGACUGAGCAUGCACUUGAGUUUGCAACCCACACUCUUGAUAUCUCUGAAAAAGUGCUUGGGAAGGAUGCGCCGGAUGCCCUCCAAUCAGACAUCCUCACUAUAGUUGGGGCACUGAAACUUCCAACGUACCAGACACGGGAAGAAUGCGUCGAAUUGUUCCAAAGAGCCCUCAACGUUCGGCAAAAGUACAUGGCUGCAAAGACUAACCCAUCGCACGAUGACCAACGAAUGCUGGCCAAUUGCUAUAGCAAUACCGGCGCCGGUCGACUGGUCCUUGAAGAGUAUAACGAGGCCAUGCCGCUGUUUCAAAAAGCGCUUGACAUCAAAUAUACACUUGGGGAUGAAACCACCAUCCCGUAUGAUAUUGGGGUCACCUUGUACAACAUUUGUCGCGUUCAGAUGGGACAAGGCCGGGUGGCAGAAGCGAAAACUACUGCAAAGAAGGUGAUAGACCUGGUGGAGACCCACAACGGGCCAGAUGACUUUCGGUCAAACCAGUUUCGAUUCACCUAUGCAGACCUCCUUGUCGCUUGUGGUGAAGUGGACAAGGGCCUCGAGGUGCACGAACGCACAUUGGCGAUACGGAACCGAGCAAUGGGCGAGGGACACAAUGACUCAGGGGUGAGUCACUAUGGGUUAAGUUGCGUGUACCAGCAGUUGGGGCGACUUGCCGAUGCUCUGGAAAGCGUUGGCCGGGCCAUAACGAUUUUCCACUCAGUUCCCGGUGCGGAGGACCGGGUUGCGAGAUCGUACUUCCGAAAACACCUUAUUCUCAAGGAGAUGCAGCAAGACGGAGAAGCGAAGAAAGCCCUAGUGGAAGCACAGAAUUAUCGAAAAGCUUUAGUUGGACAUGGGCAGGCAGGAACGGAUUCCAUGGCUGACUAUGAUUCUCUUGUGUCCUACUACAACAAGUAG